GGGCCGCGGGUGCUGCCGGGAAGGGCAUACGAGUGGGUAGCCAGGUCCGGGACAGCCAGGAUGGCGGCUCAACGAGUAUUCCCACUUUCCUGUGUGGUGCAGCAGUAUACCUGGGGGAAGAUGGGUUCCAACAGCGAAGUGGCCCAGCUGCUGGCCAGCAGUGACCCACAGAUUCGGAUCUCUGAGGAUAAGCCAUAUGCAGAGUUAUGGAUGGGGACCCACCCCCGGGGAGAUGCCAAGAUCCUGGACAACACCAUUCCACAGAAGACCCUAGGCCAGUGGAUUGCUGAGAACCAGGACUGCUUGGGGUCAAAGGUCAAGGAUACCUUUAAUGGCCAGCUGCCCUUCCUCUUCAAAGUGCUCUCAGUUGAAACAGCUCUGUCCAUCCAGGCACAUCCUAACAAGGAGCUGGCAGAGAAGCUGCACCGCCAGGCUCCAGAGCACUACCCCGAUGCCAACCACAAGCCAGAGAUAGCCAUUGCCCUCACCUCCUUCCAGGGCUUGUGUGGCUUCCGGCCGAUUGAGGAGAUUGUGGCCUUUCUGAAGAAGGUGCCUGAGUUCCAGUUUCUGAUUGGAGAAAAUGCAGCAACACAGCUGAAGCACAGCAUAGGUCGCGACUCACACGUGGUGGCCUCUGCUCUGAAGACCUGUUUCUCCCACCUUAUGAAGACUGAGAAAAAGGUGGUGGUGGAGCAGCUCAACCUGUUGGUGAAGCGGAUCUCCCAGGAAGUGGCUGCUGGAAACAAGACGGAGAGCAUCUAUGGAGAGCUCUUGCUGCAGCUGCACCAGCAGUACCCGGGUGAUAUCGGCUGCUUUGCCAUCUACUUCCUGAACCUGCUUACCCUGAAGCCUGGGGAGGCCAUGUUUUUGGAGGCCAAUGUGCCCCACGCGUACUUGAAAGGAGACUGCGUGGAGUGCAUGGCGUGUUCAGACAACACAGUGCGCGCUGGCCUGACACCCAAGUUCAUCGAUGUCCCAACCCUGUGUGAAAUGCUCGACUAUACCGCCACCCCCAGCAAGGACAGGCUCUUUCUCCCAAAACCAAGCCAAGAGGACCCCUACCUCUCCAUCUAUGACCCCCCUGUGCCAGAUUUCACUGUUAUGAAGAUUGAGGUCCCUGGUUCGGUCCCUGAAUAUGAGGUCUUGGCCCUGGACUCUGCUAGCAUCCUCCUGAUGUUGCAGGGAUCAGUGACAGCCAGCACACCCACAGCCGAGAAAGCCAUCCCCCUGCAGCGUGGUGGGGUCCUCUUCAUUGGGGCCAGUGAAAAUGUCUCACUGAAGCUUACUGCACCUAAGGAUCUACUGAUAUUCCGGGCUUGCUGUCUGCUGUAGAGGUCACAGCCUCUCCAGCUUUCCUUGCCAGGAGCUCUGAAUCCUCGCCAGCCUCAUCUCCUCAGGCCCACCCUAAGCUUAGACUCCUUAGGUAUACCCUGGAAGAGCUGGGAAGAGAAUGCUCAUGUAGAGGGGUGAGCUAGAAGGUCAUAACUCUGGAUAGCACCUAGGUUAAACCUUCCUCUUCUAAGAAGGGCCAACAUGAAGACUAAGGGCUGACAUGCCCCUGUAUUCUCCCUCACCUCUCUGCAGUUCUGCCCCAGCCUACAGCAUUAGACUACCUGGUGACAUCUAUGGCUAGUAUUAGGCCGGCAUCAGUCAGUAAGAGGCUAGGUCAUUCAUAUUUGCAAACGGUUCUGCCUGUUUCCUCUGCUGCAGGGGAGGAGGGGAAAGAUUGGCCUGUGGACUAAGCGUUGCUCAUCCUCUCUCCUGCUGGAUCAAAGUGAUUAAAGAUCAUUUAUGUUGA